AUGGGGACAACGUUUGCUCGACGAUUCGAAGAGCAAGAUAUUAUCCUCUCUUACCGUCUUCUGUUUGGACAAGAUGACAAGUCCAGAAAGGUUGCACAUGAAGAAAUCUGUAUGUUGAAGAACUCGCACGCAAAGCAAAAUGUCGACGAUAUGCUCUCGCAUCUCUGCGAGCGGAAGUAUAAGUACGGCAGUCUGUGGUGGACGACUUACGACAAAACUUGCAGAGUUAUCCGUCCGAGGCGUAAUCCUUUACAAUGGUACACAUUCUGGGCUGUGUUGCUGGUUGGGGGAUUGGCGAACAUCCUGGCCGUACUUCAGCUUUUGGUCGCUAUUGUUGCGUUGAAGAUCUAG